AUGGAUAACGAGGUCUCCUCGAUAGAUUUCAAAAUUCUUGGAAGGCCGUCAGAUAGCAAGCCUCCAACUAAAGAUGCUUGUCGAAUUUGUUGGAACAAGAUAAUUGGCGAAGGAUUUCACAUAAAUUCAAAAGUAAAUCCACGUUCAGCUGUAACUUAUGCCCAAAUGUUUUUGCACGUAUCGGAAAUUCAACAAAUGGCACUGCAAGACCCUGAGUCUCUAUGCUGGGGAUGCUCAAAAAUUCUAAUUAAUGCAUACAGGAUGAUGAAAAGGGUGGAGGAAAGGGAGAAAAUCAUAAGUGAACCCAAGCCAUUGAAAAUUCCUCACAAGAUCGAAAGGAAAAAAACAAACAUUAUCCCGGUAGACGAAGAAAAAAAGCCAUCGCUAUUUGAAAUGGUAGUUGUUAAAGUAGAACCACAGGAUUUUUCGGAUAAUAUGGAAAACUCUGACAUAGAGCCUCUGGAAUUUGUGGACGAAAAUUCUUUCGAUAACGCUUCGUCCGAAGACUCUGAUUCCGAAUCAGAAGAUGAAGAAGAAUAUGAAAAAAAACGAAGGGUUCGCAAAACACCAAAAAAGAAUUACUUGCCACCAACGCAAUACAAAAACCUCAUUCAAUGCGCCCUUUGUAUUUAUAACACUCGAAACAAGGAAAAUUACAAAAAACAUGUACUUGGCCACCAUGCUCAUCAAAAAUUGAAGUGUGAUUCAUGUAAUGAAGUGUAUCAGUUUGUCUAUGAUAUGGAGACACACAGAAAGGAGGAACACAAUGCUACUGAAAAGUAUUUGGCUCAAGUAGUCUCCAAUCCAGCAGUAUUUGAAAAUCGGGGAAGUGAUGAAAAAUUGAUAGUGAAACAUGAAAUAUUUGACCUUCCUUUGCCAAAUUCUGUACGAGGAGGUGAAGAAAAACAAUACAAGCUAGACUGCAUUGGCAGAAAAAUUCCUAUUAAUCGAACUUAUAAAAAAGGUGAAGUAAAGUGGCCAAGAAAAGAGCGGAAAUUACCUAUCCAAUGUCCACUUUGUCCCUAUACCGGCAUUGGCAAAUCAAACUUUCGUAACCAUUAUCGUCGCUUACAUAAUAAACAAGAACUACAAUGUGACGGAUGUGAGGCCAAAUUUCAUCUGUUCUACCGCCUCUCUAGGCAUCGAGAAGAAGAACACAACUUUUCGCAUGAGUAUGUAGUUGAUGAAUCACUCAAAUUAAAAAUGCACGAAAUACAAAGAUUGCCGAGACUCAAGAAGGACGACAAAGAGAUCCAAUGUCAGGAAUGUGAUCAAGUUCUAAAAGGUCCUCGUAAGUUAAGUGAUCAUUUGAAGGAGGUACAUAAUAUUAUAAAGAAACGUCCUGAACGAGUGAAAGAAAUUUGUAGUUAUUGUGGAAAGUUUGUAGCUAAUCUUGAAUAUCACAUAAGGCACCUUCACUCGGAAUACAGAGAUCCAUACAUUUGUCACUAUUGUGGCGACAAGUUAAAAAGUAAAACAACCUUGAUGCGACACAUGCAAUCAAGUCACAAAUUAGCUCUGAGUCAACGAGGCAGCCCAUGCGGUCUAGUUUGUCGUUUCUGUCCCGAGGUCUUCCGUACCAAACAUCUGAGAGUUGCGCACGAAGUUCGAAUACAUACGUUCGAAUACAAAUUCAAGUGUUCCCUAUGCGACUCUAAAUUUCUUGUCAAAUCGGAUUUCACGAAGCAUCUUAAUAGACAUGCAAAAGGGAAAAUGAAGCAAUCUCGAUUAAAUUGUUCUAUUGGGGACUAA